AUGCAAUCCUCCCAUGGUCGUGACGACCAAGGAGAGAGAUGGCUCUCACGGGACUCAACAUACUUGAGAAGCAACGCUGCCAAAGGCAAGCAGCCCCAGAGCAGCCCUGAACAGUCACCACAUGUCGAAAGAAUCGAUUUGACCUUCGAGCUUCCCUUCAGCAAGUUCUCAUCAGACAAGCCAGUCUGCUCCUUUGGCGCAGUCCCCGGUAGGCUGGAAACCCUGGAUCUCCACAAGACCGACUUUUACGAGCUGGAGCUUCCAAACGACGAUUCCCUCGUCCAGCAUCUGGCUGCAAAGAACCUCACGGAUGUCCGACUUGUCGAACUACUCUUCCGAAUGGAGUACGUCCACAAUCACCCCGAAACAGCGGCAGACCUCGAACGAAUCGUGCGCACGCUGGUGCCGCUCUUAGAGAAGGCAGAGAUUUCUUUCCGAACGUUUUGGAACCACGAUCCCGAACCUGGGACUUCGUACGAAGAAUGGAAGGCUUAUAACGUUCGGAACCGGGAGCCAUUGUAA